AUGUCUUCCCAGUCAGAGGAGGAUCUCUCCUGUCCUGUCUGUCAUGACAUUUAUACAAAUCCUGUUAUUCUGACAUGCAGCCACAGCUUCUGUAAAGACUGUUUGCAGAGUUGGUGGAGAGUGAAACAAAUACGGGAGUGCCCAAUUUGUUUGAAAAGACCUUUAAUGAGUGACCUACCUCGUAACCUGGCAUUAAAGAACCUGUGUGAGGCCUUCUUAAAGGAGAGAGACCAGAGAUCUAGAGCAGGGUCUCAGACUUGCUGCAGUCUGCACUCUGAAAAACUCAAUCUUUUCUGUCUGGAUCAUCAGCAGCCAGUUUGUGUUGUCUGUCUGCAUUCAGAAACACACAACAACCACAAAUUCAGACCCCUCGAUAAAGUGGCCCAGGGUCACAAAGAUGAGCUCAAGAAAUCCCUGAAGCCCUUACAGGAGAAAAUUAAGGUUUUUGAAGAAGUUAAAGGAAACAUUGAUCAAACAGCAGAAUACAUUAAGGUCCAGGCCAGAGACACAGAGAGGCAGAUGAAGGAGCAGUUUAAGAAGCUUUACCAGUUUCUACAAGAGGAAGAGGAGGCCAGGAUCUCUGCUCUGAGGGAGGAAGAGGAGCAGAAGAGUCAGAUGAUGAAGGGGAAGAUUGAGGUUCUGAGCAGAGAGAUAGCAGUUCUUUCAGACACAAUCAGAGUCACAGAGGAGGAGCUGAGAGCUGAAAAUGUCUCAUUCCUGCAGAACUACAAAGCUACAGUGGGAAGAGUCCAGCAGCGCCCCCUGCUGGAUGAUCCUGAGCUGGUCUCAGGAGCUCUGAUAGAUGUGGCCAAACACCUGGGCAACCUGACAUUCAACAUCUGGAACAAGAUGAAGGAGAUAGUCUCCUACACUCCUGUGAUCCUGGAUCCAAACACUGCUCAUCCAGAACUCAUCCUGUCUGAAGAUCUGACCAGUGUGAGACGUGGAGAGAGACAGGAGCUUCCUGAAAACCCAGAGAGGUUUGAGUAUCCCUCUGUUUUGGGCUCCGAGGGUUUUAACUCAGGGACUCACAGCUGGGAUGUUGAGGUUGGAGACAGUACAGACUGGUUUCUGGGUGCAGCAGUAGAGUCUGUCCAGAGAAAGGGAAGCAUAGGGAUGCUGUAUGAAUAUUGGAGAUUGGGAUUCUCAAGUGACAAAUACACAGCGCUGUCUCCACUUGGUCCCUCCACUGAUCUCUCAGUGAAGAAGAAGCUGCAGAGGAUCAGAGUUAAUCUGGACUACAACAAAGGAAAACUGUCAUUCUCUCAUCCUGAUACUAACACACACAUACACACCUUCACACACACUUUCACUGAGAGGCUGUUUCCAUACAUUUACACAAACAAAGAAUUUCAACAUAAGAUAUUACCAAUGAAGGUCUCUUUGACAAAAGAACAGUUGUUACAGAGAAUGAAAUAUGUCCUUACAUUGCAGGGAUGGGUACAAGUACUAGUGGACAGUUAG